ACUAAAAAAAACUGUGGGAAAUUUGACGUAAGGAACCGAUGUCUACAAUAACAAUAGAUUAGAUCAGAUCAAUCGAUCUAGACUAGAUCAUUUUCAAUGCUCAAUCAAGGUUAAAACGGAACUAUCAAACUAUGGAAACAUUAUCACUCACUAAUGCAUUAAAACAAGUUUAUUGCAUACAUAAAAACAUUGUCUCAGACUUAAAUGCCAAAAUAGAUGUGUUGACUUCAGAAAAUAAAAACCUGAAAUGUAACCAACCUAAAGAACAGUGUUUAACUUGUAUUCAGUUACAAGAAAAAAAUCAAACCCUACAAGAAUGUUUCAAUGCUCUGAUAAAGGAAAAAGACUCCACUAUUCAACUUUUAAGAGCCAAGAUUCUGAAUCAGAAUGCUGAGACCACAAUAGAAAUUUUAGAUUCAAAAAACACUUCAGAGCUGAAGCUGCCUGCAAGUAGAGCUAACAAUAAGCAUGAAGAGUCCCAUUCUAGUCCUAGCACCGAUGAAAGCAGGAAUGAAUCAUUUACUAAAGAGGAAAAUUCUAAUCUGAAACAUAGUUCAAAGUUACGACUCACAAGGGAAAAUAAACGGCGCAAUCGAUAUCAAGAGGAAAGGCCUGAAACAAAAAGAAUUAAGACAUUGUUGGACCUGUCACACACCGAGAGCAUAGAAGGUAAUACCUCUUUGGAGAAAAAUUCUUCCAAAGUUCUUGUUCCUGAAACAGAAAAGCUAGAAAGUCAGACAAGGGAAGAGAACCCAGUUGUCUUAAAUGGUGAAUCUGAUGAAGAAGCAGCAGACGUUUUAAGUCAAAAUGUGCUCAUUGUUCCUGAGACUAUUGAAAUGGAUGACUUUUUAAAAACAGGUGCAUGCGGACACGUGAGUCCAGAUUAUGGAGACUCAAUAACAGUUGCUUGCAGGGGAGCUUCUUCUAAACCACAUGUGCACAAAUGUAACCCAGUUUCACAAAAUCUGACUCCCAAAAAAAUAGUGAAUAAAUUUCCAGGGCAAGACACUAUUCACUCUGUUAAUGAGGAAACAAAAAAUGUUACCUGUAUUAGUAGCAAACGCAAAGAUGGAAAUUUUACACAAAUUGUAAGGGCCGAGGAAAAGAACAACAAUUUAUUGUGUAAAGUUGAUUUAGAUACUUCCAGUCCAUCCAAAUCCACUGAUGCUAAAGAUACUUCAAGUCUAUCUAUGGUUAAGAACACAGAGGUUCCAGGUAAACAAAAAUCUUCUUUUCAAAACAAUUAUCAAUCAACACUAAGUCAAGUCUUUCCAGAACAUCUUAGCAAGCAAAACAAACUUAAAUCAAAGUUGAUGAAUGUUGAGAAAAAAAAUAAUCUCCCCUUUUUUGUGGAAGAAAAGAAACGACAUGAAGCAGUCUCUUCCAGUCACGUGAAAGAAUCUGAAUUUCAAAUUCCGGUAGCACCUUUUUGUACAAAAACAACUUUGGCUAGAAAAGAUGUCAUCAACUCAGCAAAAGAGCAUGACAGAGAUGUGUUGACAUUCAAUCUUAAUGGCAGUAUCAACCCAAAUAUCCAUCUUUCAGAGUUUUCAAAUUCUCAUUCUCAGUUAACUGAAAGAUUAAUAUUGGAGAAGUCAGUGGACAACUUGGAUGAAACUGUAGCUCCCAAUCUUGUCUCACAAUUUUACACUGCUAACCAGAGCUUGGGAUCUCAAGGGUCAUCAUCAAAAACCCAGCCAGCAUCCUCUCACAACUUGGUGGAGAUAGCAAAAAUCAAACUGUCCCCUUGA